CUCUUAUAAACCCUCCACCUCACCUCACAAAAGAAACGUCUCGUUGGGUCUCACUUUCUCGUUUGCACUAGAAGCUUUGAAUAUUUUUUAACACAAGGCUAUAUCCGCUUGCCAUGGAUCAAUCACCACCAAACCAGCCAGAGUUUGUCCCAAUGAAAGGAAAUAAGUACAUGCGUCUUGAAGACACUCACGGAGCGCCCAAGUUCCAACAUACCGUCGUCUUGGGACAGCCACAGCCCGUUGUACCUCAGCCCAGGGAUCACAUUAUCUGGUCGCUUUGCAGCCUCGUGUACGGCAACCCAUUCUGUCUCGGAAUGUUAGCCGUGUAUUUCUCCAUAAAGUCCAGGGACAAGAAGAUGGUUGGAGACUUGGAGGGAGCAAGAAAACACGGGAAGACUGCAUGCUGCUUUAAUACUGUGACUCUGACUUUGGCAAUCCUCGGGCUGCUCUUCUUCUUCAUCAUCAUCUACCAAGUUACACACUGAGUAGUCCCAGUCUUUGCUUUUGUAAAAAGUGUUCAUUUGAAGUCUUGGCAGGUGUUAUACACCUCUAGGAUUGUGUCCUGAUACAUUUCAGCUCAUCUCUUAAACACACACACACACCACAGAAGUUCCUUCAGCACUGUCUACCAGAUCUUAUUUGCUCUUCUUUAGUUUUGUGUUUUAAGGACGCAAGAUGAUUCUUUUGAAGUUCCAUUCAAAUGUAAUUUUUUAUUAAUAAAUUCAACCUUUUUGUAAA